AUGUCCACCAUCAACUACUGCGGUCUUACCGUCUGUAAAAAUUUCAGAGGAUGUAUCAAAGCUGCACGCGCGAGUCAAAUUCAUGCGGUCACGCUGUCUAAAUAUCAGAUAAUCGUUCGACCUGUAACAGAUUUGGUACUACGCCGAAGCAUGAUGCCAGAUCUUGGCGCGGGAGAUGAAAAUAGUGCUGUAAAAAAAUUGCCGUCAGAUACGUAA